AUGGCGGCGAUCCACCGCAAUGGUCUCUUUCGCAACAUGAAGCCGUGGAGCGACGACGAGCUCGAAUUGCUCAACAGGUACAGCGUGAACCUCAAUGGCCAGUUGGAAACGCGAAUUUGCUUCUUCCACAAUCAGAAACAGACACAAUGUCUUCGUAAGGUAAGCAGUCAAGUGCAGCAGGAAGCCCAUCGACCGACGGUACCGGUGGAGGAUGUUAAUCAGAGAAUCUUCAUGGAUCACUACCGAAAGAUGCGAGGGGACCCAAAAGUUUCCAAGUCUUGCAUUCUCAUCAACCUCCACUAUCAAGUCCCUCCUAGGGCAUAUGUGAUCGAAAAUGCUCAGAAUCUUCAUAACAGCUAUUCGCAGUACAAUUCAGAUAAAAAUCACAUCACAUCAUGGCUAGCAAUCAGUGCCCAACGCUGUGGCUUUGCCCUGAACUUCCAAACGGUGGAAGAGUCGUCUCAUACAUACAAACUCAAAGGAAGAGCGAGGAUCCUGGCAAAGCAAGCCGCAAAAGCAGAGCGUCGAUCGCUCGCUGGCACGAUCCUGGUGAGAGACUUCCUCCCCAUGGCCCAACGAAUCACGGCUUUCCAGAAAUCAUUUGUACAAGUUCCGGACAGCUUUGUCAGAAUGCUCGAUCGAACCAUCUCCUUGAGGAAAGUGGUUGCGUUUGCUCAGGGGAACCAUGGCGGGACAGGGACCUCUCACACCUCUGCUGACUACAGAUCUGCCAUGGGACACUCUUUCUUCACUUGCACCCUUGAAGAAGUCAGAGAAGCACUUCAACCCCUUAUAUCAACAGCUGUCCGGGAGGGGACCAAGACAUUUAAGGGUACCGCUACUGAAGACAAUACCCCGGCAAAUCUGACAAACAUAUUCUCUAUCCUUCACGUCGAAGAACCUUCAGAAGCCUUUCAAGAGAGCACAUUACGAUCAGCACACAGACGAAAUUCCCAGAAGCCGCAAAAAAGCUACCAAGCAGCGGCCGCCGAUGAUCUCGAGGAAGAUAUCUUGGGACUUAUCUGUCUACUUACAGAUUUUGUGCAAAUUCGCACGGUCGUCUCCGAAACUUGGAUGGGUUACAAAACUGGUCUUUUCGAUCUUGUCAGCGCUUCAAUCACCACGAAUACGGCAUGGAGCUGGCGCGUGGCCUGGAAGAAGCACAACAGAAGCUAUUUACUGGUAAUGGAGAGUCGAGACCUGAGGAAAGUUCUCUACUCAUAUUUCAGUUCCGUUUGUGGGGCCCAAAAUCAGGGCCCGGAUUCCAGGGAGUCCCCUGGUGAUGAGCUUAACUUUGCCAUGUAUAACUUUGCAGAUUGCUUAUAG